AUGUCGAGGCCUCCAGGCGCAGAGCGCAAGAAGAGGGUGCUGGUAGUAGGCGCUGGAGCUGCUGGCAUGUCCUGCGCCCACCACCUCGCCGAGCAUCGCGACAAAUUCGACGUCACCCUCAUCGAUGCAGUCGACUACUGCGGAGGGCAAGCGUUCUCCAUACCAAUCGACAAGGACAAGCACGGCGCGAGCUGGCUAAACCAGGGCGUUCAGGGCGGAAGCUAUAUCUUUCAUCAUACCAUGACCAUGUUUGCACGGCAGGGAUAUAAAGCGGAUCCGGUGAAGCUGCAGGUCUCGUUCGGCAAAGACGACACUUUCUGGACCAACGUCUUCCCGACCAAGAUGCUCGCCCGCCAUCAAAAGGAGAUCAAGCGCUUCCACACCGUGAUCAAGAUCGUGCGCUGGUUCGAGGUCUUCUUCGCGCUACUGCCUAUCAAGUAUCUGAUGAAGCUGUUCUGCUUCUCGGACGAGUUCGCCAACAUGGUCGCCUUGCCCAUGGUUGCGCUUUUCUUAGGGACGGGGAACUACGCGCCGGAGGUGCCGAGUAUUAUCCUGGAAAGGCUGAUCACAAGUCCGACAUAUGGGAUGUGGUAUCCGGGCGACAAGCUUAGCGUCGCGUCUAAUCUGCCGCCGAUGGUCGUGUUCCCGAAGUUUAGUGAUUUUUACGAAGAUUGGAGGAAGAGUCUGGUAGCAAGAGGCGUCAAAGUCCGAUUAUCUACGGAACUCACGCAAGUCAUCAAACGUGAUAAGAAUGGUGUACUUGUAAAAACAGUCAAGAGGACUCCAGCCAAAGACCAGCACAAUCCGACCAGCGCUUGGGCAAGAGAGGACGAGACGAGCAAUGCGGACGCCCAUGCCAAGGAGGCGGAGGAGCAUUAUGACGAGAUCGUGCUCUGUGUCCUCGCCGACAGCGCAAAGCGCCUCCUCGGCCCCACCGCAACCUUUCGCGAGAAGAAACUCCUCGGCUCCGCCAAGUUCUCCGACGACAUCACCGUCACACACACCGACACGGACUACAUGCGGAAACACUACGAAAACUUUUACAACCCCACGCAAGCCGUCUCCACGCUAUCUGGCGUGGACCAGACCGCGCGGUGCGAGAUGGCGAAUAAGGACUUCAAGCCCAUGUACUACAUCAAGCCCUACCCUCAAGACCCCACGAAGCUCGAAAUGUGCUUCGACUGCACGAACUACCAGUCCCAAUUCCCGCCCUCCGUCCCCUUCGACUCGCACGUCUUCCAAACCAUCUUCCUCAACAAAGCCCGCGACAGCCACCUCUGGUCCAUCGACGAAAUAGAGCCCUCCGAGAUCAUCAGGAAGGACUGGUGGCACCAGCUAUGCCAUUCCUGGACGCAUUACCUCCUCGUGGUCCCCUGGAUGUGGGCGCUCAACGGACGGAAGCAUACUAGGUUUGCAAGCUCCUGGACGCUGGUUAAUGCGCACGAGGUCGCUGUUAUCGCAGGGAUUGCUGCGGCGGUCGAUCUGGGGGCCAGCUAUCCGGAGGAUCUGGAGAGGGAUCGGUUUGCGUUGCUUGCGUUUCGGCUGUACUAUUUGCUGUGUUAUGGGAAGUGGUAUCGGCGGAGGGUGGAGAGGGAGGGGGUUGGAGCGGAGUGGGCGGGCGGGGUGUAUGGGAGCGUGUAUCGGGGGCCGGGGAUAGGGGAUGAGGAGAGGAGGAUGUGGAGGGAGGAGAGGGAGAGGGGGUGA